GGCCACCUACUCCAAAAACUCUGAACCCAUCUUAUAGGAAGAUAUUUCCAUUCUCAAGAAACAGCAUACUCUAGAAGAUAAAGCACAAAACGAAAGAAAAAUGGCAGCGGUUACGCAGAAGCUGGAAGACAAAGUGGCCAUAGUGACGGGUGGUGCCAGUGGCAUAGGGGAAGCAACAGCACGCCUCUUUGCCCAACACGGGGCACGCGCUGUCGUCAUCGCCGACAUUCAAGAAGAAAGGGGCAGAGCUGUGGCGGAAUCCAUCCCUUUACAGAUUUGCACCUUCGUGCAAUGCGAUGUCAGUGAUGAAAAUCAAGUGAAAGCCAUGGUGGAUUGGACUGUCCACAAAUACGGUCAGCUUGACAUCAUGUUCAGUAACGCAGGAACUGUUGGUAAUUCAGGUCAAAAAAUAAUCGAUCUUGAUCUUUCCGAAUUUGACCGGGUGAUGAGAGUCAACGCACGAGGCAUGGCAGCGUGUGUGAAGCACGCAGCACGAGCCAUGGUGGAGAAGCGCGUUAGGGGGAGCAUCAUUUGUACAGGCAGUAUCGGGGCAAGCAGGGGAGGACCCUGGCGGACUGAUUAUAUAAUGUCGAAACAUGCUGUUUUAGGCCUAAUGAGAUCAGCUUCGAGGCAAUUGGGUGAGUAUGGAAUAAGGGUGAAUAGUAUUUCACCAUCUGCAGUGAUGACGCCGUUGAUGACCAAAGCGGAGCCAGAGACAUCAAUGAAGAUUCUGAAAAUGUAUGGGCCGCUGACUAGUUUGAAAGGUAUUACAUUGAAUGUGAAGCACUUGGCGGAUGCAGCUCUGUUUCUAGCUUCGGAUGAUUCUGCAUUUGUGAGUGGACAUGACUUGCUGGUGGAUGGUGGCUUAAUCAGUGUUCCAGAUCCAAAGAGUUCGUUAUGAAACAAAGAGAACCGAAGAAUUUGUCUCAUUUGGGUAUUUGUUUGUCUUCUGGCAAUAACGUAGCUCUUCUCUUAGGUGCAUUUUGAAUAAGAUGCAGUCUGCUUGGCUUAUGUUAAUAUAUCCGAAUUCCGAUGUUUUGAUUA